AUGGCAGUCAAGAAUGCAGUACAAUGUGGUAAUGUGGAAGAUGCAAUCGAUAAGGUGAAUGACUUAAACUUGGAGAAGUGGACUCCUGACGAAGAUGAGAAACUAAUCGAGGUUGUUGCCCUUCAUGGUGCAAAGAAAUGGACCUCAAUAGCCUCCAAAGCAGGGCUGAAUCGUAGCAGCAAGAGUUGCAGGCUGAGAUGGGUGAACCAUUUAAGACCCAACAUCAAGAGAGGUGACAUGUCUGAACAGGAAGAGGACUUGAUUAUUAGGCUGCACAAGCUUCUUGGAAAUAGGUGGUCUUUGAUUGCGGGGAGAUUGCCGGGUCGAACAGACAAUGUAAUCAAGAACUACUGGUACACUUGUUUAAGCAAGAAAAUCCAGCAGAAAGAGAAGCAAAGUAACAAUGAAGCUAAUGGGACGAUACAAUUUCCGGUAGUAGAUGAGAAACUAAGUGUAGCAGAUGAUGAUCAGAAGGUCCAUGUGGAAAUGAAGCAAGAGUGCUUGGCAGCAGCAGCAGGUACAAGUGCGGCUCUAAUCAAGAAAGAGGAGGUGAUCGAUUAUGAGGACUACUCCAACACCUACAUUAACAAUAUUGAUGCUGACGAGUUCCUUAAUCUGCUCAAUGAAGAAGAACCUUUGAGUUGGGAGGCUGGUGGCCAUGUAUUGGCAGCAGGCGUUUCUCUGGGAAGCUGCAUUGAAGGCGGCGUAUCGGGUCUGGAGAGGGAUUUGGGGUUUUUCCAAGGGGUCGGGGCGAAAUAUAGGAUCACUGCUGAGGCCUCGGACGUUGCGGAUGUUCUCAAUGUGAGUUCAGGCACUGUUGCUGAAAAUAUUGGAUAUAAGGAUCUGAUGACAAAAAUUGACAUGAAAAUGGUAGAAGAUGCAGCAAGAACUGCAAAUGCAGAUGAGUUUAUCAUGAAACUUCCAGAAGGAUACAAUACCAACAUUGGACCAAGGGGUUCAACUUUGAGUGGAGGUCAGAAGCAAAGACUAGCUAUUGCAAGGGCUUUCUAUCACAAUUCUUCGAUAUUGAUUUUGGAUGAAGCCACUUCUGCUUUAAUAGCAGGUGCUGGUUAUUGCUCAUCGGUUAGAAACCGUUCUGAUGGCUAA